AUGAGCAGUACCGAUAGUCCAGUGUCGGCCACGGCGUCGGAAAAUGUCAUUCGGCAACAAUCGGAAGAAAAUCUGAAUCACCAGUUGAAUACACAUACGGAAUUUCGAGGCACCGGUAGUCUGAUGGAUUUGGAUUCCUGUACUCGAUCGCUGGCUGACAACUCAUUUGUGCUUGAACCAUCCGCUUUCACUUUGCCCAACAAUCCAUGUCGGCUGUUUCUUCCGAACCCGGAAGGUACUCAUUCACUCCCGUUACCCCGAGGGAAUGCAGCCAGUAAGAUCAGCACACAGUCUGCCAGUGCAACAAAUGAAAAGUCGGACGAGCGACUUCGGAAAACACAUUCAUCCAUCUCACUCACUUCCAUCCCCGAUGGACCGUACAACGAUAUCUGGGCUGGUUCCAUAACGUAG